AUGUCCUCACCACCUCCAUCUUUGUGCGUCGGAAUACCCAUAGCAACUACAACCACAACUGCAACUACAAAUAUUAGAGUUUGUGUGAGGUGUCGUCCGUUCAUCGCAAAUGAGCUCAAAGACAAUUCAUUUCCAAAGAAUAUGCCAUUCAAUAUUGAGGCAAAUUCGAUCGAAAUCCCGAAUAUCGACCCCACCCAAACAAAGGUCAUGCCUUUCGACUUUGUGUUUGACGAGAAUGCUGAAAACAAGGAUCUCUAUCGAGAGAUGAUUUCAGAUAUGAUUCCUUCAGUCAUAGAGGGUAUAAAUGUAACCACAUUUGCCUAUGGUCAAACUUCAUCUGGAAAGACUUUCACAACCUUCCUUAUCAGAGUAUCCUACUUGGAAAUUUAUAACGAAAAAGUGAGAGACCUUCUCUCACCAGAACAGCGACAAGUGAAUAUUUUCGUGGAUAAAAACAAAAAUUUGUCAUUUGAUCAUCUAACUGAAGAGAUUGUUCGCAGCGAAAAUGAAGCGAUGGACGUUCUUGCAAGAGGUUCUUCGCAUGCAAUAAUUGCAAAAACAGUUGCUAAUGAUUCAUCUUCCAGGUCUCACACAAUUUUUCGAAUGGUCGUUGAAAGAAAAGAUGAAAUUGCUUUGGACAGUUCGAACCUUGCUUCGUCCCAAACAAAAAGACUCAAGGCUAAACAGAUAUUAAGAAUAGGGACUUUAAAUCUUGUUGAUCUUGCAGGAAGUGAAAAUGCCAGCCUUCAAGUGGAUGACAACAGAAAACGUGAAGGUCAGAACAUUAAUCUGAGUUUGUUACAUUUGAAAGAAAUUAUAACAAAACUUUCGAACGGAGAAAAAGUAUCUUCUUUCCGAAAUUCAAAGCUUACAAGAAUUUUAGGAGAUAGUUUGUCCGGAAAUGCUAGAGUCGCUGUAAUUUGUUGCAUUUCGCCAGAGCCAAGUAAAUUUAGAGAAACCAAACGGACUCUUGAAUUCGGUAGUAAUGCAAGACGGAUAAUGAUCAAACCAACUGUAAAUAGUGAAUGUGACAAUGCCUUAAUUUUGAAGUACCAAACUGAGCUAGAAUCUUUGCAAAAUGAGCUUAAUACUUUGAGGGAGAAAUUAAAGAGCCAAAAGGACGAUACUGACAAAGAAGAAACCGAGGAAGAGGUUAAGAAUUUAGAGAACAUUAUGAAAGAUUUAACCGAAUCAAUGGUUACAAACAAAUCUCUGCUCACCAAAUUGGAGGAUAUUGAAAAAGAAAAAAGAGAUAGGGAUGCAAGAAUAAUGGAGAUUGAAAAAGAGAAAGAAAUGUUGGAAAAGCAGCUAAAGUUGGAAGAAGAAAAUAAGCGCAUGAAAGAAGAAGAGUCAAGAAAUAAGGAUCAAAUUUUGCUUCAUCUCCAGCAAGAAACUCUCGCCAUGAAUUUAAGGCUAGAAGAGAUUUCAUUGUCUAAAAAAGAAUGGGAAUCACAAUCACAAAGAAAAGAAAUACAAAUCAAGGAGCUCAUGGAUUAUAAUAGAAUUAUUGAAGAAAAGAUGAUUAACGAAGAAAGCUCAAGAAAAAAAGCAGAAAAGUUGGUUCAAGAUCAAGUUGCACAAAUAGAGCUGUUUAAACAAAAGAAUGAAUUGAUUGCCCAUGAAUAUGCAAAAGAAAAGCAAGCAAAAGAAGAAGCAUGUAAUUUAGUUCAGCAAAAGCUGAAUGAGAUGCAGAACAUACAACAUUUACUCCAACAAAGUGAAAAUGCAAAAGCAAAUUAUGAAGCACAACUUAAAAUUCUUAAUGACAAUAUGUCAACCAUGUACAAAUUGUGGAAAGAAGAUUAUGAUAACGAGAUGCGCUUGAAGGAAAAAGAAAAAACUCAAUUAGACGAACAAAUAGCUCGUUUAACACGGAUAUUAGAUGAAAAAGAUUUAGAAAUUCGAGAUUUACAAGAACAACUUAAAACCAAUCAAUUAUUACAGCAAAACAUUUUAAGUAUGGAGAAAGAAACACAACUUUACAAGAAACUACUGCAGGAAAUCGAAAAUGAAAAAGAAAUGAUCAAGAAAAAGUCUCUCGACACCUUAAAGGAGAAUAUGGAACUUAAGAGAAGGCUUUCAGCGCUGGAAAAAGCGAAUCAGAAUGUGACUUACAGAAGUGACACCAACAACUACAACAACCCUUCUUCGUCAAGCCUCACAUCCAGAACAUCUCGACCUUCUUCACCAAUGACGACACCCUUCAAUAAUCCAUAUCAGGUUUCCUCACAAUCCAAUAACCCCGCUGCUGGACAAUUGUCUUCUCUUUCUUGUAAUAAUAUUCGUCAACACACAUUUAAUCUCUCUGCAGGAGGUAAUAAUAUCAAUGACAUUCCCUCUACAAUUUCAACCAAUUACGGAACUACGAACCUCUCGUCAUGGCCCAAUCAACUAAAUACAUACAACCAAACUAAUCAACCUCCUGUUGUGAACCAAAAUUGUAAUCCCUUCAAUCACACAAUUAAUGGAAUGAGGGAUGAUCUGAAUUACCAACCAAUGCAUCACAAUCCAUAUCAAUUUUAUCCUCCAACAAAUCCGAGUUAUGACAGAACUAAUUCUUACGGACAAAUGUCGACUUUGCCCUCAAACAAUCAGCAUGCCACGUUGAUUCAUGAAAGUGGUGUCCUCGUUCAAAACGGAGGAGGAGGUACCACAAGAAGUGCUUCUCCUUCACCUCUCACUAAUAGGUCUUCUCUUUCCGUGCCUCCACAAGAAUUAUCAACAAAUGCUGGGAGAAGCAGACCCAAGUUGUUUAAUCAACAACAAGGACAGCACCAACCUCAAAUCCAAGCUCCACCAAAGGUAACAACAGGGGGAUCUGGGCCGAAUAAUAACCCAAUCAGAAACCCUUCGCCCAAUCGAAUUAUCAGAAUCACCGGUGAACGAGCUUCUCCUAAACCACCUACUAAAGAAGAACCAGAAGAAAAUUCGUUAGAGCUGGAACAGGAUAAGACGAAAAUGAAAAAACGGAGAUCUUCAUUAAGCAAUCUGUUCAGCUUGUUUAAAGGUGAAGACAAAGCUAAUUUGCUCAAGUAG